GUAAAAAAUCUGAAGCAAAUGCUGACAGGCAGUGGGAAAGAAGACAGCACAGCCAGGAGGUCAGCUGCUUGAUUCUGAAGAGAGAAAGUAAUGCAAAUAAAUGAGAAGAGAGACAGAAAUGAGAGAUUUCUACUACAUUUAGGACAUGAGUCCCCUCACACUUCAGUUGCAUGUGGUAAUAACCCUUUAUGUGCUCUUCAGAUGGUGUCAUGGAGGAAUCACAAAUAUAAAUUGCUCUGGUAACAUGUGGGUUGAGCCUGGUGAAAUUUUUCAGAUGGGUAUGAAUGUUUCUAUAUAUUGCCAAGAAGCCCUUAAGAACUGCCGACCAAGGAGUCUUUACUUUUAUAAAAAUGGCUUGAAAGAAAGAUUUAACAUCACAAGGAUUAACAGAACAACAGCUCGUGUUUGGUAUCAAGGCUUUUCAGAACCUCACGCCUCUGUACAUUGCACUGCUGAAUGUCCUGGGCAUUUUCAAGAGACACUUAUUUGUGGGAAAGACAUUUCCUCUGGAUAUCCACCGGAUGGCCCCAGCAAUGUGACAUGUUUCAUUUAUGAAUACUCAGGCAACAUGACUUGCACCUGGAACACUGGGAAGCCCACCUACAUAGAUACCAAGUACAUUGUGCACGUGAAGAGUUUCGAGACAGAAGAAGAACAACAAUAUCUUGCCUCAAGCUAUGUUACCAUCUCCACUGACUCAUUGCAAGGUGGCAGGAAGUAUUUGGUAUGGGUCCAAGCUGUCAAUGCCCUAGGCAUGGAGAACUCACAACAACUACAAGUCCAUCUGGAUGAUAUAGUGAUACCUUCUGCAUCCAUCAUUUCCAGGGCUGAGACUACAAAUGCUACUGUGCCCAAGACCAUAAUUUACUGGAAGAGCAAAACUAUGAUUGGGAAAGUAUUCUGUGAGAUGAGAUACAAAGCAACAACAAACCAAACAUGGAAUGUUAAAGAAUUUGACACCAAUUUCACGUAUAUGCAGCAGUCAGAAUUCUACCUGGAGCCAAACAGCAAGUAUGUAUUUCAAGUGCGAUGUCAAGGAACUGGUAAAAGAAACUGGCAGCCUUGGAGUUCACCCUUUGUCCACCAAACUUCCCAGACAGUUUCCCAGGUUACAGCAAAAUCAUACCAUAAACCUCAGAAGAUUGAGAUGCUCACAGCUACAAUCUUCAAAGGACACCCCACUUCAGAUAAUAGUCAAGACAUUGGACUUUUGUCAGGAAUGGUCUUCUUGGCCAUCAUGCUGCCGAUGUUUUCUCUGGUUGGGAUAUUUAACAGAUCGCUUCGAACAGGAAUUAAAAGAAAAGUCUUACUGAUAAUCCCAAAGUGGCUUUAUGAAGAUAUUCCUAAUAUGGAAAAUAGUAAUGUUGCAAAAUUAUUACAGGAAAAAAGUGUACUCGAGAAUGAUAAUGCCAGUGAGCAGGCCCUAUAUGUGGAUCCUGUCCUUACAGAGAUAAGUGAAAUCUCUCCCCCGGAACACAAACCCACAGACUACAAAGAAGAAAGGCUCACAAGACUUCUUGAGACAAGAGACUGCCCUCUAACAACGUUGUCUACCAGUUCUUCUGUUGUGUAUAUUCCUGAUAUCAACACUGGAUACAAACCCCAGGUUUCAAAUGUUCCUCCAGGAGGAAACCAUUUCAUUAAUGGAGAUGAAAGAGACCCUACAUCCUUUGAGGCCACAGAUGAUCACUUUGCCAGAUUGAGAACAUAUCCUAGCUUCCAGUUUUCUGCUUCAAGUAUGAAUUUACUAAGCAAAACACUAAUUCUUGAUGAAUUGAGCCUUGUCUUAAAUCAAGGAGAAUUCAAUUCUCUUGAUAUACAAGACUCCAGACAGGAGGAAACCAGCAUGGCUUUGCAAAGUGACUCACCCAGUGAAACUAUCCCAGCGCAGACUCUGCUGUCUGAUGAAUUUGUCUCCUGUUUGGCAAUCGGGAAUGAAGACUUGCCGUCUAUUAAUUCUUACUUUCCACAGAACAUUUUGGAAAGCCAUUUCAGGAGGAUUUCACUCUUGCAAAAGUAGACUAUGCCAUCAAAGUCAGUGUGAGAAGCUGUCUUUCCAAAGCUUCCCUCAGCAGAAGUGUAAUUAUGCUGCCAUGAUUCCAGGAUGGCACUCACCUCACUGGCAAAAUGAAGCAAAAACAAGGA